GUGGUAAUUUGAUGUGUGUCCCCGGGGAUGUUUGAUGGAUUAAUGCUAAGCAGCUCCCUCUUUUAAAGCACCACCUGAUCUUUGGGGCUCGUGCCCCACAUAUAAAAGGCUGCAGUAGUGCUGAGCUCAGCUAGUCCAGCCAUCUCUCUCUCUGCCUCUGUUUCUCCCUCGCCACUUUCUGUCUUCCUCUCCAUCCAUCCUGUCCUCUGCUUUCUCUCUCUCUCUGCUACUUUCACUACGUUUUCUUUCUGGCUUUAAACCUUUUCCAGGACAAAUUUUUCUAAUCUAUUUUUUUUUUUCAAUCCUCCGUUGUUUGGCCUGUUGGAGAAGGCCAUCUGGAAGCUCAGUACAUUUCUCCUCUUUCAUUUUUUAAUCAUCAGUCUGUUCACAUUCUUCUAUGAGGCUCUAGCAUCAGUUCUUUCAUCAAAGAAAAAAAAUGCCACGCUCCUUUUUGGUGAAGCAGCCGAAGGUUCAUGAUAUCUCCUCCUCCAACUACUACCAUCAGCACCAGCAGCACUGGGACGACUCUUAUACUGUGACACAUGCCAUCACAGAGUCAGCUACCAACUUGGCGGUGCGUUUGAGUGAAAAUGGCUACAUCCAUGAUUACAUCAUCCCAUCAGUGUUGCAGAGCACAAAGGAGCAGGGUCAUGAGCACACCGGGCUCUCAUCAGGGCCCCUGUACUCCCCAGGUGGCAGUGUCGGGGAGGAGUUUUCAGACCAUGAUAUGGAGCAUCCAGACAGCCCUGUCUCCAGCGGAACGGUUGAGUCAGACAAUAGCGGCCAUGAGUUAGAGACUUGCAGCAUUGACGCAUUUCUCAUCUCUGAUGGACGCUCCCGCCGCAGACCCAGUCAGAGGUGUCCCCGCAAGGGAGGUCGUCAGUUGGACAGCAGCGAGGAUGUGGUGCUGGCAGACUGCAGCCCUGCCAAAGUGAAAUCCAAAGGGCGUCACGUGUGUGGCGAGUGUGGCAAGUCUUAUGCCACGUCCUCCAACCUGAGCAGACACAAGCAGACUCAUCGUAGCCUGGACAGCCAGCAAGCCAGGAAAUGUCCCACCUGCCACAAGGUGUACGUGUCUAUGCCAGCGCUGGCCAUGCACAUGCUGACCCACGACCUGAAGCAUGAAUGCACGGUGUGCGGCAAAGCCUUCAGUAGACCAUGGCUGCUGCAGGGCCACAUGAGGUCCCACACUGGAGAGAAACCAUUUGCCUGUGCCCACUGUGGCAAAGCCUUUGCUGACCGCUCAAACCUGCGCGCCCACAUGCAGACACACUCCGCCUUCAAGCACUAUUCCUGCAACCGCUGCCACAAAAGCUUCGCACUCAAGUCAUACCUCAACAAGCACUAUGAGUCAGCCUGCUUCAAAGGAUACCAAGCAGAGGAUGACUGCAGCUCUGAGGACUGAUUGGGAAAUAUUCAUCUUUUUCAUUUCUAUUUAUAAACUUUUGAAUAGUUCAUACAAGCUUGAUGACUUCUCAGGCUUGUCACAUGCAUGCAUCAUAAUCCUGCCUUUUGAUAAGCAAUAACCUCUUAAAUUAUUCAGGAAUUAAGUAUGACAUUCAAGAAAAUCUCAGUGUUGAUCACAAAUGUAAAAUAUUUUAUAUUGUUUUUAUAAAUUGAAUUGCAAUAAUUUACAUGCCAGUAUUAUUUCAAAAAUGCCAACUAGCUCUUAAUUUACCUAAAAUGUUUCUUUUUUGUUAAAUAAUGUAUUUGUGUAUUUAUUAAUUUAUUUAACUAUUUAUUUGCCAAUUUUGCAAUAUUAUUUAUUUAUUAUUGGUUGAUGUAUUUGUGAAUUGAACAUGGGUUUAUUAGGAGCCAUUUAUUGGAUUUGUUGAAAACAAAAGCCAAAAUAUAUUCUGACACCAUAUAUUUCUCUGUCUGAUCAAUUUGGUGAU